AUGCUGGAAUAUGUUCCGAAGGGCGAAUUGUCCAAAGAACUAGCUCGGUUUCAUUGUUUGACCUCAUCACGGGCUGCAACGUACGUUUAUCAGUUGAGCCAUGCCAUUUCCUACUGCCAUCAAAACGAUGUCAUUCACCGAGACUUGAAACCGGAGAACAUCCUUCUCGGAGUCCGUGGCGAGGUAAAAAUCGCAGACUUUGGUUCUGCCGUGCACCGGCCGGCAUCCAGACGUACGGCUCCGUUCGGCACGUUGGAUUAUUUGGCUCCAGAAGUCGUGAAUCCUGAAUCGUCAUACGAACAUCCAGUUGAUAUUUGGAGCUUGGGAAUACUGGCGUUUGAAAUGCUUUUCGGUCACGUUCCCUUUGCUGGUGAGACUACGAAAGAUGUAGCUGACCAAAUUCGCUUUUCCGAGCUCAAAUUUCCACACGACGCCUCGAACACAGCCGCCGACUUAAUAAACAAUAUGCUACAAAAAAAUCCUGAGGAGCGGAUUACUGUGACUGGUAUUUUAUCUCAUCCGUGGAUCGUGCAACACGCAGAGCACUCGCUUACCCGCUGUACAGCUGCACUGCUAGAUUGGCAAGGACUGAAUUGUUGUGCUCAGUCGUCCACAUGUUCAAGCUUCCAGUCCACUGAUCGUUCAGUCAGUAGUGGUGAAUCUCAAUCGACCAAUUUGAUCACUGGUUCAGAUUCGGUUCAAAUGGGUGAAUAA